CACUUGACAGUUCACACUUCACAGCCAUCACCAUUCCCCCCUAGCGCACCAUUGUCGCACUACACAUUUUCCUUUCUUUCAUCAUGUAAGUGCUGCCCCCUGUACAACGGCUUGAACCCGGGCUGGUCCCUGACUGUACCUUGUGCUCGAGGGGAGAAAUAUGCUAUUUACAUUUCUGGAUGAAAUCUCUUCUUGGAAUGGUUUACCUCCAGUGAAGAUUGAUGUUUCCUAGUCGGGAACCCCCAGGGUUGCUUUCAAGAUUGACCCCCGACAGCUUGCAGCCUCUGCCAAUCUCCUGAGCGAGCUCCGCCUCCCACCGGACAAGACCGCCCACAAGCUCCCGCUGCGUCUGCCUGCUGCUAAGCCCAGCAACCUCCGCGAGGCCCUUGGCCAAUCGCCCGGGAGGAAGGACCUUGUCGCCAUGGACACGGAGUCCACCUACUCAGGGUACUCGUACUACUCUGGUCGCUCCCGGGGAUCCCAUAGACACGGGGAGCGCAGCCGAGACCACCACAAGUCACGCAGCAAGGAUGGCAGCCGCUCUGAGAAGUCGGUCACCAUCAACGCACCACCAGCAGAACCGCUGCUGGGAGACUCGUCUGUACUGGGGGAGGAGGUCCAGGAUGACAACUGGGGCGAGACCACCACGGCCGUCACGGGGACGUCGGAACACAGCCUGUCCCAGGAGGACAUUGUCCGGAUCACCAAGGACUUGGAGGACAGCGUGGGCCUGGACUGCCGGCGCUACUUGACCCUGACCCUGGCUGUGGUUCUGGGCCUGCUGGUCUUCCUCACGCCCCUGGCCUUCCUGGCUCUCCCCCACCUCCUCUGGCCUGAGAAGCUCCAGGUGUGCGGCACGGCCUGCGAGGGCCUCUUUAUUUCCGUGGCGUUUAAGUUGCUAAUACUGCUGUUGGCCGUGUGGGCGCUGUUCUUCCGGGCUCCGCGCGCCGGCCUGCCCCGGGUGUUUGUGUUCAGAGCGCUGCUGGCUGUGCUGGUGCUGCUGUUCGUCGUGUCCUACUGGCUGUUCUACGGCGUGAGGAUACUGGACUCACAGGAUGAGAACUACCAGGGCAUCGUGCAGUACGCUGUAUCUCUAGUAGACGCUCUGCUCUUCAUCCACUACCUGGCCAUCGUUCUGCUGGAGCUCAGGCAGCUGCAGCCCGCCUUCUCUGUCUGCGUCACGCGCUCCACCGACGGAGAGACACGCCACUACAACCUGGGCCAGCUCAGUAUUCAGCGGGCAGCGUUGGCCAUCAUAGAGAACUACUACAGGGACUUCUCUGUCCACAACCCGGCCCUGCUCACUGCCUCUAAGUCCCGUGCCGCCAAGCACCUGGCCGGCCUCAAGGUCUAUAAUGUGGAUGGUGAGUUCCCAGCAACCGCCGCCACUGGCCCUGGGAACAACGCAGCGACCGGAUUGGCCCACUCCCAGUCUCGGGCUAUGAUCGCCGCUGCCGCCCGCCGCCGAGACACCAGUCACAACGAGCUGUACUACGAGGAGGCGGAGCACGAGAGACGCGUCCGCAAACGCAAGGCCCGACUGGUGGUGGCGGUAGAGGAGGCCUUCACACACAUCAAGCGCAUGCAGGAGGAGGAGCAGAAGAAAGCCCCCGGCGACGUGAUGGACCCCCGCGAGGCCGCCCAGGCCAUCUUCCCCUCCAUGGCCCGCUCCCUGCAGAAGUACCUCCGCACCACCAGGCAGCAGCACUGCCACAGCAUGGAGAGCAUCCAGCAGCACCUGGCCUUCUGCAUCACCAACAACAUGACGCCCAAGGCCUUCCUGGAGAGUUACCUGACCCCCGGGCCCACCCUACAGUACGGCCGCGAGCGCUGGCUGGCCCGGCAGUGGACUCUGGUCAGUGAGGCCUCGGUCACCAGCGGCCUCAAGGAGGGUGCCAUCUUCCUCGUCAAGUGCAUAGACUUCAGCCUGGUGGUGACGGCCAAAAGGAUCCCCUACAUCCAGCUUUCAGAGGAGUUCAUCGACCCCAAGUCGCACAAGUUCGUCCUGCGGCUACAGUCAGAGACCUCUGUGUAGAACUGGACAACUGGUUUUAACACCACCACCCCUUUGUUUUCAAAAUGGUUUUAUUUUGGGUUUGCAGUUUUGUUUUAUUUUGGGAUUUUUAUAUAUUAUAUAUGAAUAUAUAUAUGUUACACACACGUUGGAAUAUAUUGUCCUUUUUAUCUAUGGUUUACCUGGUUUAUAUGAGUUAAUAUUUUUUUUAUUGUAAAAAUAUAUAUACACCGGUGAUGAAUUUGACACGUCUUGUAUGCACACACAGAAGAUUGAACUGGACUCUGUGGAGAUGCAACUAUUGAGGAACAAUGUCUGCACACAACUGCAUAUAAUGUGUCAAUGUCUAUGAACACAAUCAGUUGUUCCACCUCUGAAAGACUGAUGCAGAGCUCAAGACAAGGAAUUGUUUUAAUUCCAUGACUCAAGACAGAAAGUAGAGACCGAAGGAGGUGGUGGUUGGCCAUUUUGACAUAUCACGAGAAGUCAGAUGACACUACUGUUGCCAUGGCCAUUCCUUCAUUCCCCCUCAGCUAAACCACUACGGACGGUGAACUGCCACUAUUUAACUGUCUCUUUUUAGGCUUUUAUCACAAUCGCCUCAGGCCUGUCUGCUGUUCUGCAGCGGAAGCUGUCCCACUCCUCCCUCAGUCUCUACCAACAGAGUGAGAAUGUCUCUUGAUGCCCUCACUUGGACAGACACCUGUAAUACUGAGGCAUCUGGGAUCGAUUAUUUGGUCUGCUUUCUCUGGAUCAUAACUGUCCACCUUUAUGCCCAAGGCUUGGUUUCCUAUUUCCUGUUGAAACUCAACCAUUUUGACUUAAAUCAUGAAACUAUAGCUACUUCAAUCACAUUUUUGCAUUACAUGCACAUGUUCUCUACAUUUGUAUAUUGAAUAUGUAUAAACACAUUGUGAUAUAAUGGUGUGUAAAUCUAUGCCUACUGGGUUAAUCUCCCUCCCAUUUCCUUAUAUCCCAAUCUGUGGAUGUACAUUAGUCAGACAUGAAUAUCAGUAGCAUUUGUUUUGUAAUUCUAAUUUAAACAAAACCCUUGUUUUAGCUGUUAUUGGUGAUGUUAAAUUCAAAUUCAAUGCCAAUUUAUACGGCCUUAAAUCUCCAAGGGAUCUGUUAAAAAAAUAUGUAUUUUUAGACCUCAAAGUAAGUAGUACGGCUUAUGCAUACAGCAGCACUUUUCCAGGUGCAAUGUAGCAAUACAACAGUAUGUUAUACUGCAGUUAAUCUCAUCCACAAGCCAGCUCUCUCUCUGUAACAGAAGGUUAUACUGUACUAUACAGGCCCAUGUUCUGUUCGAAGUACUACUGUCAACACGGGGGAAGCUCAGAUGGGUCCAUCCAUAUCCCAAAUGAACAGAUGUAACAUUUUCAACAUACCAAUACACUCAUGGCUGGUUUGUAAAGCAGAGCUCUUCAAACAUUUAAAAACCAAAGUUGCCCAUUUUAGGAAUCCCAUAGGAUCCUGAUUGCUGAUGUAACUCCUCAAUAUUUACAGCUUCUGUAAUUGAUUUUGGAGAUGUGCUGCUGUCUCCGUUCCACUUUUAAUUUUUUUCAUGGGAUGUUCCCACUUCCCAGCUUAGUCAUAUUUUGAUAUCGAGUCCAUUAAGGACCCUGUAUUUGCUGAAAUUUAACAAUUACCUUUUUAUAAAGCAACACAUUCAUGUCCCGCAUAUAUCUCUCAUCUCAGAGUUCGGGCUUUAACGUCUAUCACGCUUACUUUGCAUGAUGGAGAACUCCAGGAGAGAAGAUACACAGAUGAUACAACUAAGGUAUGACACUGAUUUGGACCACAGCAUAAAUCUUCCCUGUGUACCUUGUACACUGUACGCAGAACUCUAUUCUGCAGCUAUUACCAUUGAAGCUCUAAGCGGUUAGUUAAGCUAAUCAAUCCUCUUGAGAUGGUGAGUAUGGUAUGAGGUGGUGAAGAGGAGCCUCCCUUGUAACUCACCCGUCUAGUUUGUCUUCUACUACAAUGUCAUCAAGUGAGAUAUCUUGUUGAACUGUGAAUCUGGGGACCUGAUAGCUUUUGAAUUGGUUCCUUAUUAAAAAGGAUGAACAUAGAAAUGUUUGAUGAAUUUAAUCCCUCAUAUAAUGACAUAAGAAUCCUAUAUUCUCCCCUGGUGCAUGUGGAUGGCAGAUUUAGAUCCAUCCAGGAUGAGUUGUUUCAGAGGUGAUCUGGAUCAGCCUCCUUUCUACGUAAAAUCUUCUUAAUCCCCCGGUAGAAUUGACUUCUGGCUUGUAGAGGUCCUCCACGGUAGUACAGCUCUACAUGUCAUUCAUAAAAAACUAAACUGUCCGUCAGCGCCCCCUGGCAGACAAACCAGAAGGUGUAAGACUGGUAUGGCCUGGGUUUACUGUUGAUGGGUGGUGAAACAUGCAGGCUUUUGACACAUUUUCACACCUUCACAAACAAACGCAUGAUGCCGUGUCAGGUUAUACACAAAGCAUUUUAUAACGAUCAGCAUGUGGCUCAUAAAAGCCACUUGGAAAUGCAACUUCUCUUUGUUUUCUCACUCGUCAUGAAAACAAACGUAUUUUAUACUUCUAGCACUGGGAGUUUUUUGUACCCAUAAUGGAUGGACUUUGUAUGAACCCCAACUCCUGUGACUGUGCCUCUUGUCUUUACACUGUAUGUAUUUAUGUAGCUAAGCGUGUGCAUAUGUCAUUCCCUUAUCACAUGCUCAGCCUUCCCUGUAUUGACCGCAGGUUGACGUUUAUUGGGAUAAAUCUUGCCCUGGAGGCAGAACUGAGCGAUUUCCGCUAGAUUAGCCAGCGUCAAAAUUGGCUGUAUUGUAAAAAUUCAUGAAAACAAGAAAUAGCUGUUUGUUCUUAAUUAAAGGUUAGUGUUAGCAGUAUGGUUAAGAUUAGGGUAAAAUCAGAUUUUAUGACAUUGUGGCUGUGCCAGCUAGUGACCACUCUGUAAAGCUCCCUCCAUACAUGAGUCAUCCCAAAAAAUGCUAACCUGCGUAUUGACCUCUGUCAUUUGGCCUGGUCACGACUAGGCUAAAGGUUAGCCAGGUUGCAGUCAUACUGUAGACCUCUACUUUUUACUGACCUGACAUCGCAUUGUAACAAAUGUGUCAAUUUCACUAUACAACUUAGGCAUUUGUGUAAAAUAAACAUUUUUAUGAACAUUUGUAAA